AUGGAAAACAAAAACAAGAAGCAGAGACUCAUGAGCCCAGAUUGGUCGGAGACGCCAACAGACAUCAUAGAGAUGAUUUACAAGUGCUUAGAAUUUCCGGAUCAAGCUCGAUUUGGCAGCGUAUGCAAGAGUUGGUAUUCUUGUACCUACAACAAACCCCACCUUGCAGUUCCAAACAGUACCCCUUGGUUAAUUGAUGACCAAUAUAGAAGUUCACAAUACAAUCUUUUUAUUAGCCCCUCUCAUAGUCAAAAGGACUUUAAGAUCUACAAACCAUUUAGGCCUUUCAGUGAUUCCUUCAUUUACGAAUCUAUCAAGGGCUGGUUAGUUAUCCAAUCUCAAGUAAAAGUAUUUAUUGUCAACUUGUUCUCAAGUGUUCGAAUUGAACUCCCUCCUCGUACCACGAUGCCCGAUUUCCCCAAGUCAAAGGGAAACAAUAUUGUUAGUGGCAUGGACACUCCUGUGACUUUCACAAUUUCAACAUGUGUCCAUUCAAAUCCUAUCAUGGUUGCAGCUGUUACUUGGGGUGGGGACUUGAUAUGGUGCAAGAUAGGAUCAGCCAAAGCAUGGAAAGGCUAUCGGGGUGAUAAAGAAUAUGGUAAUCUCACUUUUUAUAAUGACAAACUUUAUGCUGUUACCGGAGAUGGUACAAAAGUUGAUAUAUUUCGAGUUGAUGAUGAAUCAUCAGUGCUCUUUUUGUUGCAAAGUAUAGAUUCUAUGCAGCCAACCAAUGAUCUAUUAGUUUAUUUGCACGUAUAUUUGGUGGUGUCUAAUGAAGAUGUUUUGGUUGUGAAGAGGUAUUAUGAUCAUCGUCGUGAAUUAAGAGUUUUUGAGGAGCCAACGAUUGGCUUUGAUAUUUUCAAGGUACAAGAAAACUGUAUCCCACCAAACCUCGUGAAUGUGGACACCUUGGGAGACCAAGCUUUGUUUCUAAGUGCCUUGAAUUGUGAAUCUCUUCCAGCUAAAGAGUGCUCUCGUGAAGAAGGCUGCAUAUACUUCAUUGACACCUUCACACGCAGUAAUGCACCUCUAUUUAAAACUUUCUCAGUUAAAGACAGGAGUCUGCGUAAUCCUCUUCCUCUUCCCAAUAUGGAAUAUCCAAUUUGGGUCUUGCCAAGGUUUGCAUUUACGUGUAACUGCACAUGUCGUCAUGGUUCUACACUAUGGAAGCCCAAGAAAAAGAAAAAAUACGCAAAGCGCAAAACUAAUGUUGUGUGA